ACUUUUCGUCAAGCCUUCAUCCUCAGCUCAACUGUGUUUUCAUCAUGAUACUAUAGCACCACUACAACGUGUUGAAAGUACCCAUACCCAGACUAACCUGAAGAACUUAAACCGAAAAAUGCAGAUGUAAACUUUUCACAACCGUCGAUUUUUUUAGGAGAAGUUUAGAGCUGUGAGGAAGAGCUGUCCUGUGUCUGCGGGCGCUUCAGAGGAUUACAGCAGUGAAAGGUGGCUAAGCUAGCUAUUAUUAACACUUUGUGACCAGCUGGAGAAGAGGGGGACCUACCUGACAAGUUAGGGUCAUUUUGGGGCUUUUGCUUUAGUGUUGCAAUAAUGCAAGUCACAGAUUUGUUCGUGUCUGCACCAGGAAAAGCGAUCCUGCACGGAGAGCAUGCAGUUGUACAUGGGAAGGUAAUGUUUUUAAAAUAUAAUUGUGUUUAGUACUUUUAAAGACAAAAGUUUCUAAAGUGCUUUGACAUAUAGUUAUUAAGCACAUGAAAAAAGGAAAAUAAAAACAAAAAGCUUAGUUAAAACGGAAUUAUGCCAUUUUCAUGGCAUUUAAAACUCCAGACAAUACACUUUGUACCUGUACAGUUUUCUAUUAAAAGUGUAAUUGGCUUAAAAUGCAAUUUUCUUGCUUUUAAAAUAUAACCAGUGAUUUAAAUGUUGAACUAUAAACUAUGAUACCUUUGUGAUAAAUCUGACUGUUCCCUUGUUUUUUUUCCCCCACAGGUGGCCCUUGCUGUGAGUUUGAACCUGAGAACAUAUUUGAGGCUGAAAGCCACAACCACGGGCAAAGUUUGCAUUAAUCUGCCAAAUAUUGACACGUUUUAUUCCUGGGAUCUUUCUGAACUGGAGCAGCUCAUCUCUUAUUCUGGUGGUAAGGCAUGAUACAACACUUAGGACUAGGGCCCAACCGAUAUGGAUUUUUUGGGGCCGAUGUCGAUACCGAUUAAUGGGGGUGGGGGUGGGGGGUGGGGGUCUGAUUACCGAUUAAUCGGCCGAUCUUUAAAUUUUUUUUAUGAAGUUUUAAAAAAUAUUUAUACUGUAGAUAUUUACAGUAUACUAUAUUCUGUAGAUAUACUGUAGGCUACUGCUCUUCAUGCUAACAGGAAGACCAACUGAUCAAACUGGGACCAGAAAAGCGUUUUCAACUAACCCUUAACUAACUAAAGUUGGGGAACUUUUCAAAUGGCAGAACGUUUUUGAAGUGAAACUGAAUCUCAUUCUCUGCAUUUUAUUUCUGAAGAUAUCGGCGAAAAAAGUUUUGGCCUAUUACCGAUUAGUAUCAAACGGGCUAAAAUUGACCGAUUUAAUCGUCUCGCCUAUAAAUCGGUCGGCCCUACUUAGGACACUCUGUAAUUUAUUUUUUGCAUCUGACCCAUACAUCCAGUUGUUCAGUUCUCCCUGGGAACCAAAGUUUAGGGAUGGGAAUUGAUAAGAUUUUAUCGAUAUCGAUGCCAUUAUCGAUUCUGCUUAUUGAUUCAAAAAUCAAAAUGCAAAGUGUCUGGAGAUAAGUCUUUGCAUGCACCCAUAGAAGAUUGCACACUAAAUUUGUUUCAUGUUUUUAUUCCAGUGGUUCUAAUGUCUUGUCACUUGUGUUAACAGGAAAGAAGGAAGAGGGGAAACUUCUGGAUGCUGAACUUGUGGGAAGACUGCGGGAUUUUAUAGGUGUAACAAAUGGGAACUUGGAUACUUGCAGCAUGGCCUCAUUAUCCUUUCUUUACAUCUACAUUUCCUUGUUUCGAUCAAGGUGAGGUGUUGACACCAGCUUUAAUAAUAGUGUUCAUUUAAGCUUUUUUUUUCUGUAAUGCUGCUAUGUGGCACAUAUGACAAUGCAAAUCAUAUGUCUGAUGUUUUGAAACCCACUGACCAGGCCUGUCAUCCAGUUUUAGGGCUUUAGUAAGAUUGCUUUAAGGUAGUACAAAAAAUCACUUAAAUCUUCUGGGAGGAGCUUUGUUUGUGUAGAUUUUUACGCCCUUUUGUGGACAAAGUAGACCCUUUUACCCUUUUGCCCCGUAAACACUAAGUAGUAUUUUCUGACAAAAACUAUCCUGCUUUCUUUUAACAUUCAGAUAUAUAACACUGUGAAAAUUUGUUAAAGGGAAAAGUAACGAGAGUUUGUUUUUUUAGCAUGCUAUUAGUCGUCUGGCCUGACACCUACCCCCUCACAGAUGUUAAAGCCUUUAAAAAACACAAAUUAGAAAAUGCAAAACCUGUUACUGAUAGUCUUCUUUGCUUUUGUAGAUCAUAAAAAAGGCACCCCUGUUAAUUUACUCUCAUUCAUAAGCUAAAAAUUACUCACAGGAUUUUUAUAUAAUAACUGAUAACAGAGCUGAAGACUUGUUAAUGUGCUCUAUUUAUGGGCAACGGAAAAUUUAAAAAAUGUCUUAAAAUUAGACACACCCACCAAUAGAAGGAAACAGGUCUUACUUCCUUCAUCUCUUUUUUUGCAGCUUCUGUAUUGUGUGUUUAGAUAUAUACUUUUUUACUUUAAAGGCAGUACAAGUAAAACCUUCAAGCAUGGACAUUGAAAAUAGGGUAUUAAGAAGGGACUAGAAUUGCUCAACGGCAGAAGUUUCCUGUUUUACCUGUAGGUGGCACAUGCAAUUUCAUAAUUUAUUCAUGACCAUCACUAAGUCUAAGCCUUAGUCUAAGCUACCACCUUAAUCGUGUUAAGCAUUGGAAAAUGUUACAUGUACUGAAUUUCAUAUAACUUUGUGUUCUUAGCACAGCAACUACUGCACAUGCUUACAGUGAGUGGAUUUUGUUAAAAUGAAGAAACAGACUAACAAGGCUUGAGUCAACUCCAAACUGUGAGUGAGACAGAUAGACAGUUGCAGCACAGUAGCUAAUAAUCAUUUUAAUUACUGAUUAAUGUGCUGCUUUUUGUGUAUUUAGUUAACCAAUGAAAAAAAAUCUUAAUAAUUGCCCCAUAGCUCAAAGUGAUUCUUUUGAUUGAUUUAUUUGUGCAACAAGCAAACACCAAAAUCCCAGUGUUUCUAUAAAUGACAUAGAGCAAGCAUCAAAACAUGCAAAGGUCUGAUCUUUCUUUUCAGAUGACUGAAGCACUAAGUUUCUAGUGUCUCUUCUUUUGUUUAUCCAAUCAUUUUAUUGGCUUUUUAUUGCUUCAUUAGAGCAAUCAGCUAUGUUAAAGUAUGUAGAUAAGUGCAGUGAUUGUAAGUGCUGUAUCUACAAAAAAAACAUUAAUGGUGAGAUUGAGAUUGCUAAAAUGGACAUACUGAGUGGCCAGAUGUUUGUUUUUGAGACCCCAGCAUCUGUGAAUGGGGAAGAUGGUUGGAAACAUUAGAGCUGCAGGUUGCUGGCGGGGUAUAAUCGGUGCUGACAUGGUGCAGCUGUGUCUGAGAGAGGUGAUGGGUUCUGACAGGAUGGCCACUAAUGAGAGUCUGGCACUGGGCCACAGUGUAGCCUUUAACAAGUCUGGAUAUGUUUUUCCCUUGAGAGAAGAGCUGGACAAUUAGUUUAGAGUAUUCCCCUGUCUGCCCAACAGCAGCUUCCCUGACAGUGAGGCAGCCGGGCAAACUAAUGUUACCUAUGGAAGUGAAUGGAUUACAGUUUAUUUCAUGGCACUCAUAGUUUUACCAUUACUGUAUCAACAAUUGUGUUCGUAAAGAAUGGGAUAUGACUUAGUUGUCACGCAACAUUUGAACAAAAUGAUUAUCGAGUAGAGAUAACUGUUUUUGACUUUAAAUAGCAAUGCUCUUGGGUCGUCUGUUUUUUAUAUUAUGAUGGUACAGUAACAGAUCCUCUGAUACGUGAAGUAAUCAAGACUUAACCUCAGUCUUAGAUAUAGUAUUUGAAGUGUAUAUAAAAGCAGAAGUUUAAUUUUCACUUAUCCUUCCUCAGUGAGCUGCCCAGCCUGGAGGUGACAGUGUGGUCAGAGCUGCCGACUGGAGCAGGACUCGGCUCGAGUGCUGCUUACUCGGUGUGUUUAGCUGCAGCUCUGCUCUGUGCCAGUGGAGCCAUCCCCACUCCUCUCAAAGAGUGGGAUCACACAGCCAGGUAAAGACAUCAUCAGUUCUUCAUUUAGGUAAUCUCUAAAUGCAGUUUGAGUAAGCCAGUGGUUUGCGCUGUUUAAUUUAUUACACUGAAUGUUCUCCAAUCUGGAAAAGGCUUUACUUCUCACAUAUCUUGUGUGUUUGUUAAACGUAAGUUAUUUGGUUUGAAGUUUUCAGCUGAUAAAAUUUAAUAAAUUAAGAGUAUCUCAAAUUCACGUCACACAAAACCACUCCAAACGCAGAGAAAAAAAGCUUCACUAUUAAUGCUUUUCUACUAAGCACUGAAUAACUUGUUACAGGAAAUGAAAGCCUGACAAUUCCAGUAUUUAAAGUCCUCUGUAAUAAUUGAGAUCUUAAAAUCACAGCUAUGAAUUUUAACCAAAUGUAAAGAUAGUUUUAUUUUUUGUUAAAGGGAAAAUGUUUCCACAAUGACAAAGUCAAUGACAGACAUUUAGCAAAAUAUUAUUGUACUGCAUUAUGCUGUACAUACUGUGAUGAUCCUGAUGAGCCGAAUAACCACUAGUUGAACUGUAUACCCCUCUCUGUUUGGAUAAUAGAUGAAGAGAUCAUAAUGAAACUUCUGUAUGAUUGUAGGUGGUGUCAAGAGGACCUAGAGCUGAUCAACAGCUGGGCCUUCCAGGGAGAGAUGAUCAUCCACGGUAAUCCUUCGGGAGUGGACAAUGCUGUGGGAACAUGGGGUGAGACUUGAAAUAAUUUGACAUACAGCACAUGAAAUAUGGUGACUCACCUCCUGUGGACAGAGCACUAUUAACGGAAUAUUUGAUAGUAUUUUCAGUGAUGAAGAUUUCUCUUUGAGCAGGUGGGAUGCUGAGAUUCUUAGCUGGAAAGAUUAUACCGUUGAGCAGGUACUGAUACUAAAAAUAACUUUUCCAGUAUUUGAUUUGGUUAAAAAAAGUAAAUAGUAGUUGAAAUAGGCUUUCUGUUCAAAUACUAUCCAGGUAAAUGAGUGUAUCAGUGGAGCAGCAGAGUGAACUCUCUGUUGUGUCUGCUUUACUUCCAGGGUGCCAUUAUUAAGAAUCCUCCUCACUAACACCAAAGUACCGCGCAGCACCAAGGUACUUGUUGCCCGGGUGAAGGACAAGAUUAACAAGGUACUAAACGUUUUCCUCCUCCCCUGUGUGUUACUAGCCGACACUGUAAUUAAUAUAAUAGGUGGUGCUUUUGCAUGGCAGAUACUCCAGAGUCUGGCGUUGAGUGCCUUCAUAAAAUAUUGAAAUUAAACUCUUAGGCAGCACCCCUGUGUGCUGUUGCCGUGGUGACGCCAGCAGGUGUGCAGAUGUCUGCCUCGCACACAGACAGGUCUGUAUGGUGUUGUGGCAGUGUUGUGAUCACGCUGGAGUGCAACAAAAGUGAAACCUGCAAUUGUGUAUCUGUAAACAGCUUAUCUAUCUCAAAACAGUUUCAGGUUAUUGAAAACAUUUGGUAAAGACACGUUUCACAGAAAGUCAUCAGUACUGACUUAAUAGAUAAGUCAUAGAUAGUGUGUGUAGGUAGAUAACAGAGGUUGUGAGGGGUUUAUCUUUUCUCUUUGUUUUUGUCUCCUGUAGUUUCCCUCUAUCAUGGCCCCCGUGCUCGACUCUGUUGAUGCCAUCUCUUGCACUUGUGAAAAAGUCCUCUCAGAGAUGACCUGUGAGCCAAUUACAGGAGAGCACUACAAUACUCUGGAGGUAAAAAAGACUUUUGAAUUCUUUAAAGAGAAGACCUCUUCCACUGGCAGCCUAUUAAUCUAUCCCUUUAACAACCUGAACAUAAAAGUAUGAAAGAAUGUAUCAACAAUAUGAGGAAGAAAAUGUCCUCCUAGAAGAGAUGGUACCCUGAAACUGAUGUUGUGACCUUACACAGCUAGCGUCACUCAAGGUAGAUGCUUCAGAAUUUAUAAGAAAGCUACAUACAGCCCAUUCAUCAGUUAGGGAUUUAAUAAAACCAGAUAAAGUUUGAUUUUGGACUGUUAAGAAAGACUAGACUUUAACAUUGUUUUCUUGAGAUAACAAUAAGCUACUUAUCUUCCAAGGUUAAAAAGAGGUGGUUUGAAAACGUUUGGAUUCCCGGAUUUACAGUCAGUCACAGAAAAUGUAGAGAGUCUCUGUUUUCUUGUCAUUCAGCUUGUUAUCAGAUCUGAGGCUUUGAUUAAGCCACUGAGGCCUUGUGUACAGAUUCUCGCAUUAUGAAUGUGUCAUUUACAGAACUUGUCGAUGACACAUUAAUAAUGCGUUAAUUUGUUAAUCAUAAAUUAUCUGCUCGAUUUUUUUGGGUGGAUAUUUACUUGAAAAACUACUAUUGAAACUUUGAACUUCUAUCUAAUUCACUUUUAUUUAAAACUGUAAAUCUAUGAAUCAUCUGACCUCUCUUCUUCCAACCACAAAUGGCUUCAAAGAUGAGGAUUUGUGGAAGAUGUUCAAAUUUCUUGCCACCUUUUAGGUACGAGUGUUUCACCGACUGACUUGCAUUGUAGGAGUUCUGGUGCAACAAAUGAAAUCGUACUGCGUUUACCUCUGUAGAAGGCAAUUCACACUCGCUCAAGUAAUAUGUGGAAGUAAUUAAAGUAAUCAAGUAUCAAUAAGUAUUGAAGUAAUAUGUGGCUCUUAAUGGAUGUUAUUUGUUUGGAUCUAAUCUUUUAUGGGACUUGCACAACAGGGAACUUUCCUGUUGCAGCGGGAGUGAGCGCUGACCACUCUGAAAUAAAAACAAAAAAUCUGUGCUUUUGAUAUUAAUGUUGAAUUCUGUAAGUAAAAAAAAGAAGGAUUAGGCAGCGGUUGCGGAUGCGAGUCUGGCCCUGCCCAUGUGCUGCAUGCCCUCACCCCUCUCUUUCUCUAUCUCCCCACAUUUUACCCUAUCCUAUCAAUAAAAAAAAGACAAAAAUUGCCCAAAAAAUACUUGAAAAAAAAGGAGUAAGUGUUAGUUAUUAAUUAUCAGCUGAAUUUGACAUCUUUGUAAAUAGAUGAACUGAUUCAACAGAAAUCAGUAUUCAGAAAACUGUGCCCGCUUCUGGUCAUUGAGACAUCCCAGGAGUGAAACAUCAUUGUAACGCUACACUCUUUCACGUCAAGCGUUUAUCAGUAUAUCUGGGAACUCUCAUUCAAGUUGACUCUUUCUUUGUCUGUAGUAGAUAUGAAUAUACAAAUAACAGCUGUGUCAUGUUACCUUUAGGAGCUCAUUGACAUUAACCAGCACCACCUGAAUGUAAUGGGGGUGGGACACCCAGCUCUUGACACCCUGUGCCAGGUCACAUUGGCUAGAGGGCUUCACAGCAAGCUAACGGGUGCGGGUGGAGGAGGCUGUGGUAUCACCCUUCUGAGACCAGGUAAUGUAGGCCAGUCGACCUUCUGUGUGUGUCAUAGAUGGUUUAGAGGGUAAAGCCAAACUUUUGUGUCUUUUCCUCCAAGAAUCAACCUCAGAAAAAAUUUGACACAUUGAAAUAUUUUUCCCAGUAGGGGAUGAUUUUGAUCUUAGGUUCUGAAAGAUCUGACUUUCAAAACUGUUUACAGUCAUUUUUUGUUGCUUUGUAGUUUAAUUCCUGGUUCCUGUGUUGGACAAAUAGCGAGUUUCUUUCUCUGUGUUUGCUUCUUGUGCCCAUCUGAGAGAGGCCUUUGUCUGCAUAGCAUUGGCUAAAAUAUUUUAAUUGAAUACUGAGAAGCACAAAAUUACUGCACUGUAGAUUUUGUUCCAAGGUUGAAUUAUAUCAUUUUCCAAAGAAGCAAACUUGCAGAAUAGGAAGUUAAAUAAUGUGAAAACAAAAAGCUUUAGAUAGAAUUAUGAAUGUUCUCAUUUUUAUUUGUUUAGAAAUCAUUUAUUUGUAUUUGAAUUUCCAUAGUGUUGGUUUUCUAUAACAUUCUCAAGUGAUUUGAUUUUUUUUCUCCAAACUUGAAUAUAGACUCUUUCUUGCAAGUGACUUACAAGUCCAGGUUUAUCCCAGAAAGUGCCAUCUUUAUAUCAGAUCUUUUACAUCUGUUUCAGCUAUUUUCAUUUUUUUUCAUACCUGUACGCCCCCAAACAUAAACACCAGUGACAUGACUUUAAUCUGACUUUUCUAUUUUGUAGAGACAGACUCCACUGUUGUCCAGACUACAGUGCAAGACUUGAGAGACCUCGGCUUUGACUGCUGGGAGACAAGUAUUGGCGGGCCAGGGGUCCAGCAGCACUCCCCUGUCUCUGUUAAAGAGGAAAUUCUGGAGGUUUUAAAUCGUUACUGACUCACACCUGAGACUGUGGCUGAGCGAGAGGACACAUGGGAUUUAUCGUCUUUUCCUCAAGACCUGUUAAACGCUUGAUCAAAGAAGUAAUGUGAUUGGGUUGGACCAAAGACAGUUUCACUCAAAGAGAACUGGACACAGCUUUCUGGACUGAAAAGCAAACACAUUAUUAUAGAGGCCGCUAUAUCUCUACAAAAUUACCCAUAUAAGUUUCAACAAAAGAAAACUAAAGCAGAUUUGGAUAUUUGAAAGAAGUGUCUCACCAUGUUGGUGGAUACACGCGCUUGAUAGGUGCUAAUUGAUGUGCUAACCAUAAUGACCACUAGGUGGCAUCAGUGUUAAACGAAUGUUCUCAAUGAAAAAGGAUUUAUGGUUAGAGGCUCUGAUAAAUUGAUUAAUGUGGGGGCCAGGCGGAGGCAGAAUUUAAUUUAUAGUUUCAUCCAAAUAUUAAAGCAGCAGGGCCAACCUAUCUGAACAGAUUAAAUCAUAGUCAUUCAUUAAUUACUCUCCAGAAAUUGAAAAAUGCAGUGUUGUUAGAUAUCAGCUGGAGUUAGAGUGGUCAUUUGUAGAAUGACAGAAAAUUCCAAUAAGAGAGAAAAGAUGAUGAUGAGUUAUUUUUUUGCAAGUUCUUUCACAAAAACCCAUUCACUACUUUUCACAUGUUUUAGUUUUCACAGUUCUUGACGGAGGUUUUUAGCAGUGACUGUAUUUUUAUACUUCUGCACCGUUAGCAGUAUUACUGAGAAUACUAAUGAAAGAGCGAGAGCAAAUAUGUCAAAGAUAUAUUCCUGAGGACUAAUGUGUACGAUUUAUUCGAGCAAUAAAUGAGUCUUUUAUUGUACUCUGCUUUUAACAUAGUGGUGCCUCGUGCAAAUGAUCCUUAAACUGAGGAAUACUUUGUUGUUCAUUCAUGAGAAAUCUGUCAGAUCAUAAUAAAUAUCUGUUGAGGGUUGAUGAA